UCAGUGAGUUCAUACCAUAAAAAGAGGAAGAAGAGAAAAGAGUUGAGAAAUUUCUUGGUUCCUGGAUGUGCACAUUAAGAUUAGCUUGAGUUUGAGCUUGAUCAAAGCUGUCAGAGGGUGUGUUUACUUCCUAUAACAGAAUCUGUUUUGCUGCUCGAAGUAUUGAGACUCCCUGUCAAGUUUCACAGCAAAGUUCGGCAAUGGGAUUUCUGGAUCUGUUUGUUGUGGCAGUGAUGCCAGUUCUAAAAGUAUUAUUGGUAACUGGUGUUGGCUUGUUUCUUGCUACGGAUGGCAUAAAUCUCUUGGGGCCAGAGGCAAGGAACUACUUGAACAAAAUUGUAUUCUAUCUGUUUGGUCCUUCGCUUGUGGUCAGCAACUUGGCAGAGACUGUCACUUUGGAAAGUUUGGUUACCAUGUGGUUCAUGCCAGUGAAUAUUUUUCUAACAUUCAUUAUUGGCUCAGCACUUGGUUGGAUUCUCAUAAAAAUCACUAAAACUCCCGAACACCUUCGAGGAAUGGUCAUUGGUUGUUGUUCUGCAGGAAACUUGGGAAACUUGCUUCUCAUUAUUGUUCCAGCUGUGUGCACAGAGUCAAAUACUCCAUUUGGAGAUUCUUGCUCCACAUAUGCAGAGGCUUAUGCUUCACUAUCUAUGGCGGUAGGAGCCAUUUUUAUAUGGUCAUAUGCAUAUCCUUUUGUGUAUGCUUAUGCUAGUAAGAGCAUGGAACAAAACUCUUCGGAAGGGGCCCCUCAAUCAUUUCCAGACAGUUGCACGGAAGCAUUACUACCGUCAAGGGAUUGCAGUAAUUCUGAAGACUACUCAGGGCAAGGUGUACUGCCUCUAACCAACUCUGAUAAAAGAAUAAAGAUGUCAGUUGUGAAGAAGACUGUUGAGAGCAUCAAGAUUAUUAUGGGGAAGAUCGACCUGAAGAGGGUGUUUGCACCAUCAGCAAUUGCAGCGGUUGUUGGGUUUAUCAUUGGGACAAUCUCUCCAAUCCGAAAAGUACUAAUUGGUGACAAUGCUCCUCUUCAUGUAAUUGAUACUUCUGUAUCUUUGAUAGCGGAGGCAGCCAUUCCAUGUAUGACCUUGAUAAUGGGGGCAAACCUUCUUAAAGGUCUAAAAAGAUCAGAGGUGAGCAUGUUGGUGAUUAUAGGGAUUGUAGCAGUGAGAAACAUAUUCUUGCCUCUGUCGGGGAUCGGCGUUGUUAAAGCUGCACACCAUUUUGGCAUGGUUGGAUCAGAUUCCUUAUAUCGGUUUGUUCUUAUGCUUCAGUAUGCUGUUCCACCUGCAAUGAGUGUAGGUACAAUGACUCAAUUAUUUCAGAGUGGUCAGGGUGAAAGCUCUAUGAUUAUGCUAUGGACUUAUGCUGUGGCUUCCAUCUCCCUCACGCUUUGGUCAAUGUUAUUCAUGUGGCUUCUGUCUUGAUUUGUUGCUCAAGUUUAUUUCUUUGUCUCCAGCUUAUGCCAACACAAAAGCAUCUGCAACGAGGUUAUCCAUGAUACAUAUUUUACACCACCAGGCUCUUCUGCCUACCAAAUUGGGCAUCUCUUACUAAAUUUUGUUUGACACAGAUCCCCUUUCUUUUUGUAGUGUAAACAAUUUUUUGACAAGCUCUAAUUAAAAUUUCACUAAAUAUUAAGACUUUUGUUUGUUAUGUAGUAAUUGUCACAAGCAAAUUAUAUAAAGCAACGAUGUGAACUUGUAUUUUUUU